GAGCGCUUAUAAUGGAGCCGCUGUCAGCACAGCCUCCCGCCGCCACCGCCGCCGCCGUCCCUCCUCUUUUUUUUCCCGGCAGAUCUUUGUUGUGUGGGAGGGCAGCAGGGAUGGACUUGAGCUUGCGGAUCGCUUGCUAGAGCAGCCGCGCUCGGAGAGGGCGCCGCCGCCGCCGCCGCCGCCGCCGCCGCCCGAGGCCCCGCCGGACGCGGCCUCCGUGCACUCGCGCCCUGCUCGCCGCUCGCCCCUCGCCUCGCGCACAGUCCCCUCGCGGCAGCAGAUGUGUGUGGGGCCAGCCCACGGCGAGGACUAUGGUGAAAUUCCCGGCGCUCACGCACUAUUGGCCCCUGAUCCGGUUCCUGGUGCCCCUGGGCAUCACCAACAUCGCCAUCGACUUCGGGGAGCAGGCCUUGAACCGGGGCAUCGCGGCUGUCAAGGAGGAUGCUGUGGAGAUGCUGGCCAGCUACGGGCUGGCCUACUCGCUGAUGAAGUUCUUCACGGGUCCCAUGAGUGACUUCAAAAACGUGGGCCUGGUGUUUGUGAACAGCAAGCGGGACAGGACCAAAGCUGUCCUGUGCAUGGUGGUGGCCGGCGCCAUCGCCGCCGUCUUUCACACCCUGAUAGCUUACAGCGACCUCGGCUACUACAUCAUCAACAAACUGCACCAUGUGGACGAGUCCGUGGGGAGCAAAACGAGAAGGGCCUUCCUGUACCUCGCGGCCUUCCCUUUCAUGGAUGCCAUGGCGUGGACUCAUGCUGGCAUUCUCCUCAAACACAAAUACAGCUUCCUGGUGGGGUGUGCCUCAAUCUCUGACGUCAUAGCUCAGGUUGUUUUUGUAGCCAUUUUGCUUCACAGUCACCUGGAGUGCCGGGAGCCGCUGCUCAUCCCGAUCCUCUCCCUGUACAUGGGCGCACUCGUGCGCUGCACCACGCUGUGCCUGGGCUACUACAGGAACAUCCACGACAUCAUCCCUGACAGGAGCGGCCCAGAGCUCGGGGGAGAUGCAACAAUAAGGAAGAUGCUAAGCUUCUGGUGGCCUUUGGCUCUGAUUCUGGCCACACAGAGGAUCAGCAGGCCUAUUGUCAACCUCUUUGUCUCGCGUGACCUUGGAGGCAGUUCUGCAGCUACGGAGGCAGUGGCAAUUCUGACAGCCACAUACCCCGUGGGACACAUGCCGUAUGGCUGGCUGACGGAGAUCCGCGCUGUCUAUCCCGCUUUCGACAAGAACAACCCGAGCAAUAAACUCGCCAACACGAGCAACACGGUCACCGCGACCCACAUCAAGAAGUUCACGUUCGUGUGCAUGGCCUUGUCUCUGACGCUCUGUUUUGUGAUGUUUUGGACCCCCAACGUCUCCGAGAAGAUCUUGAUUGACAUCAUCGGAGUAGACUUCGCCUUCGCGGAGCUCUGCGUUGUUCCUCUGCGGAUCUUCUCCUUCUUUCCGGUUCCAGUCACCGUGAGGGCCCAUCUCACCGGGUGGCUGAUGACCCUGAAGAAGACCUUCGUCCUGGCCCCCAGCUCCGUGCUGCGGAUCAUCGUGCUCAUCACCAGCCUCGUGGUCCUGCCCUACCUGGGAGUACACGGAGCCACCCUGGGCGUGGGCUCCCUCCUGGCAGGAUUCGUGGGAGAGUCCACCAUGGUGGCCAUCGCAGCAUGCUACGUCUAUCGGAAGCAGAAAAAGAAGAUGGAGAACGAGUCAGCCACUGAGGGCGAGGACUCUGCCAUGACCGACAUGCCACCGACAGAGGAGGUGACGGACAUCGUAGAGAUGAGGGAGGACAAUGAAUGAGGCCCAGGGCGCCCUGGGCACUGCAGGGACCGCUGGACGACACUUCAGCAUCAUCGCCUCUCCUACUGUGGGUUUUGGGUUUUUUUGUUUUGUUUUGUUUUUGGGUUAUGAAAGAGGCCUUGAUUUAAAGGUUUCGUUGUCAGUUCUCUAGCAUACUGGGUAUGCUCACCUUGACAUGAGGACCUGAAGAAAGGCCUUUACUGUCGUAUCAUCAAAACGACGGACGCCACGCCUCUGCUUCACGCAAACCCAAGAGACAGAGCUGCCUCGCAGUCCAAGCUGUCUCCUCCUGCCUCGGACAAUCUCCACUUGGAACCAAAGGACCGCGGCUGUGCCACCGCCUCUAGGGCACUGCUGCCCAGCAGGCCGGACGCUUGUCCCUUUCCACCGCUCUUAAGAAUCAGCAGGUUCCAAUUUGGCUUCCUUGACUUGCUUCUCAGUAACACGGUCAUAGGCAGAGAUGCACCCUGGGAUUUUAAACUGUCUGCCGCACACACAGAGAGUCAGCAACUGGCUGCAGCCUGGAGUCACCACUCGCCCUGAGGAAUAGACUGUGACCUUGCAAUCACCUUCUGCGGAAAAGUGAGCGACACUACAGGAACAGCACUCCGGCCCGGUGGAGCACCCGCAGCCCCUCGGCGUUCUCCCAGCUCCGAGUGGGCUGGCGGCACUCGCACCCGCACUGUGUAGAUACGUGAGCGAACUCUUUAGCAUUGUCACAAACGCACUGUCUCCAAACCGCAGCAUUCUUCCCCCCGCAUGACUUUUCCCGAAGGCUUGCUUUCCACUCGCCUUCCUGAAGGUGGCGCUGGGGCGAGGCGGCGCCUUCUCACUUUACGUUUUAGUUUUUACAGUGAACUGAAGCUUUAAGUCAUAAUCCAGCAUUCUAAUGCCAGGCUGCUGCAUCGCUAACCUCUGGAGUAGAUUUAUGACCUGGUUCUGCCGCUUUUAGUCUCGACUGCGGUACAGGUAGCCUGGAAUGUACUAUGGUACUUCCCUCUCACGCCACACAGUAAAGCAAGACAUUUUAUAAACGCUGUUGACGUCACUAUGGGAUACUCCCUGAAGUAACGCAUUUGAAAUCCAUUUAGUGCAGUAUAUUUUUCUAAGUUUUGGAAAGCGGGUUUUUUCCUUUAAAAAAAAUUAUGGACACAGUUCACUAAAUUCUUGAUUUAGUCAAAAUUCCUAGACUGAAAGAACCUAAACAAAAUAUUUUAAAGAUAUAAAUAUAUGCUGUAUAUGUUAUGUAAUUUAUUUUAGGCUAUAAUACAUUUCCUAUUUUCGCAUUUUCAAUAAAAUGUCUCUAAUACAA